AUGAGUUAUGUUUCGUAUAUACACAAGCCUUCGUCAGUGAGAAAUGCUGUUGUUUGUCAAUUUGUUGACUCAACGUCGUGCAAUGUAAUCUUAGCUAAGAGCAACUGUAUCGAGAUUUACGAGUAUAAUGAUGAAAAUAAUCUUCAGCUUAUAACGUUCACAAACAUAUUUGGACGGAUUGUGGGGUUAAAAUCAUUUCGUCCUGCAUUGUCGUCAACGGACCAUAUUAUCGUUGCUACUGACUCUUUCCAUUACUUUACUAUUUUCUGGGACUCUGAAAACAAAACAAUUGCAAAUGGAAUCAAAAUACAGGAUUGCAGUGUGCGUUCUCUCCGCGAAAGUCAAUCUGGCCCUUUACUACUUGUAGAUCCUAUCCAGCGUGUGUUGUGUUUGCAUGUUUAUCAAGGGCUUCUGACGAUUAUUCCCAUUGUCAACUCUAAAAAACGACGUCUUAACAGCACAGACGCUUUUCUUCAUGAUAAUUUUAAUGUCCGCAUCAAGGAAUUAGAUGUUGUGGAUAUAUGUAUGCUUCAUACUCAUUCAGUACCAACUUUAGCUGUUUUGUAUCGCGACAGUAAAUCCGUUGUGCAUCUUUCCACUUACACCAUAAACGUUCGCGAAUGUGAAAUUGAUGAAGAUGACUUGGUUUGUCACGAUAUAGAGGAAGGUAAGCUUAUAGCUCACAGCAAUGGUGGUGUGUUCGUUUUUGGUGAAAUGUAUGUCUACUACAUCAGUAAAGACCUUAAAGCCUCUAAGUCCUUACUCUCUUAUCCAAUUUCAGCUUUCACCGGAAUUUUGAUUUCCGAUCCGCUAGAAGAUUUUUUUUCCAUCAAGUAUGAUCCUAAUCAUUUCUUUGUAACUGAUGAAAGCGGCCUUAUAUACCACUUUUAUUCUGAAUUUUCUCAGGAUGGCUUGAAAAUGGACUUGGAAAAGCUUGGCGAGUCUUCUAUUGCCUCUUGUUUGGUUUCCCUUCCCCAAAAUAAGGUUUUCUUGGGAAGUCAUUAUGGUGAUUCCGCGGUUCUACAAUUAGAUAAUCCUGGUUUGGCUAAUCAAGGGUUAAACGUGCAAACUUUACAAGUUUUCUCCAACAUAGCUCCUAUAAGUGACUUUAUCGUUGAACAUGGAAGUUCUGGAUCUUCCAUAAUUACAUGCAGUGGUGCUUACAAGGAUGGUAGUAUACGUGUCUUAAAGAAUUCCGUCUCAAUUCAAGACAUAGGCAUAAUAGAAAUGGAGAGUAUUAAAGAAGUCUUUUCUGUCUCUUUUCAGGCUGACUAUGACAACUACAUCAUUAUUAGCUUUCCUAGUGAAACCCGGGUACUUUAUGUUUCCUCAGAAGGCGAAUUUUCACUGUGCAACGACCUUUCUUGUGAUUCUUCCACAUUAAGCAUCGGCGUCGUCGAUGAAGGAAAGCAAAUUUUGCAAAUCACUGCUUCAGAUGUGCGCUUAUUUGAUGGAAAUAAAGUUAUUUCCUGGUCCCCUCAUGCUAAUAUAAAUAGUGGGAAUAUAUAUAAAAAUCUAAUUUGCGUUGCUUUAACAGGAGGUACUGUAAUUUUUCUUCAUAUGUUGGAAGAAAUCGCCAGGUAUCAAUGCAAUACGGAAAUCUCAUGUCUUGACUUUUUAGAUGAUUCUACUUGCUUUUUAGGACUAUGGUCAUGCUCAGUCUUGGGAUUAAAAAUUGGUCAGGGAAUUACUCAAGAGCUAUGUCAAUACAAAUUGAAAGAUGUUCCUCGAAGUUUAGCUUGUUUUUCGUUCAGUAAUCAGUUGAAUGAUUUCCUUUACCUAAGUACGAAUGAUGGCCAGUUUUUACAAUACUGUUUUGGUAAAAAAGGGUUUUUGGACGCUCUACCCAAGGUAAUACGCCUAGGUAACACACCUGUUAGCUUAAAAUCCCUAACUUUAAACGAAAAAAGGACUCUUGUUUCUAUUGCUGAGACUCAACAAUUUAUACACAUGGAAUCGAAUAAACUUAUCUUCAAUCCCUUUCCUUCGAAAGAAAUCGUCAGUAUUACGAGAUUUUGCCAUCCUGCUCUAAAUACGACUCUUGUAUAUUGUACGGGAUCCAAAUUAAUUAUGGCUUCUCUUGGUGCCAUUCAGGGUUUAACUAUACAAACAAUUCCAGUGGAAGGUUUUCCACGAAGAAUCUGCGCCUCUGAAAAACACUACUUUGUCCUUUGUAUGCAACUAGAGGAUGCCCUAGGAAACCAAGAGCAGAGUCUAAAAUCAUCAUUACGAGUUUUUGAUAAAUUGACGUUAGAAGAAAUCUGUCACUUUGUCUUUGAUACAAAUGAAAUGGUAGAGAGUAUAGUUUAUUUAGAAACCAACUCUAGCGUUGUCGUUGGCACAGGAUAUAACCAUCCUGAUCAGGAUGCACCCGAUUCCGGGCGAUUGCUUAUGUUUACUGUCGAUAAGAAUAACCUUGAUUUAGUCACUACUUAUAAGGUGCAAGGAUCAGUAAACACGCUUAAAAGCUACAAUGGUCUAAUUAUAGCUGGCAUCAAUGCCACAGUCAGUGCCUUUGUUGUUCGUGAAGGAGGAUUUCAUGUCGAGGGUUGUCUUCGAACACCUACGUAUACAAUAGACCUUUGCAUCGAUGAUAGUGAUAUAGUGGUUGGUGAUUUAAUGAAGUCAAUAUCCGUCAUGAACUUUUCAGAAAGCCAGCUCUCUGAAUUAGCCAGAGACUAUAAGCCAAUAUGGGUAUCGUCUGUUGAGAAGCUGGAAAGACAUAAGUACUUUGUUUGCGAUGCCGAUGGUAACGCAUUCAUUUUUCUACGGGAUGUACAUUCACCGCAAAUAGCCGACCGUAAACAUUUGCGCCGUUUGGAUCAAUACUAUUUGGGCGAAUUCGUAAACAAAACUAGGAUUGGUACGCUAAGAAAGCCGCAGGAAGGAAGCUUUGUGCAGCCGAAGCUUAUUUCCGUCACAGUAGAUGGUGCUAUAAUACUUAUUGGUGAUGCGAAUGAUUAUGCCGACAUUCUUUUGCAACUUCAGGAUAAUGUAAGACGUGCUUUACCUUCGACUGGUGGAUUGAAUCAUGAAGACUGGAGAAAAUGUCAUUCUGAAAUUCCUGAAGAGCUUCCAAGUAAGCUUAUAGACGGUAGUUUAUUAGAAGGUAUCGUGGAUAUGCCUCUGUCUAUACAGGACGAAAUUGUGCAAGGGAAGAAUGGAGGACUACCCUUAAACAUUUCUGUUAAUGAAUUGGUAAACUUAUCGGAGAGUCUUGCUAGAUUACAUUCCUAA